CUGCUUUCAUCAGGAGACUUGGAGUUCAUCGCAAUGGAACGGAACAUACUGAAAGAGAAGUUGAAUGGAAUCAUUGAAUUUCAUUCGGCGGCUAGAGAAUUCGCAAAUCGCUUCUCGGAUGUAAACAGUGCCAUUGUGUUUGCAUGUCCAGUAUUCACCAUUGCAGUUUUUGGCAGCUUAUGCUUACAAAUAAACGAUUUGACUAAAACUGGAGAUUUCGUGGGCAUUCUGCAAGGUGGGGUAUCAGUGUUGAUAUCUUUGUUCCCAUUCUUUUUGUUUUGUCACUUUGGCGGUGAGAUCACUCAACAAUUUGAUGAUAUCGGUAAUGCCGUUUAUCAGCUGGAAUGGUACAGACUGCCGCUGGACAUGCAGAAGGAUCUUCAAAUUGUGAUUGCGUUGGCUCAGGAAAGAAUUUACAUGCGCGGCUAUGGAGAUACACGAACUACACACUCAGUUUUUAAGAAGAUUUUGAAGAACAAAUUUUACUAUUUCAUGGUGACACGAAGAAUCUAA